GCAGCCCAUAAUACCUGACAGGACUCUGUGGAGCUCUAUGCAGAGGUGUCUGUUUUGAGCACAGAGCCAAAGGGAGAGGGUGGUGCGGAGCCAUGCACAUUGUCCUAGAACUUCUCCUGCUGGUAGGCAUAAUCAUCUACUCCUACUUGGAGUCGCUGGUAAAGUUUUUCAUUCCCCGGAGAAGAAAAUCUGUGGCCGGACAGACUGUUCUCAUCACUGGGGCUGGGCACGGAAUAGGCAGACUGACUGCGUAUGAAUUUGCAAAGCGGAAAAGCAGACUGGUCCUGUGGGAUAUCAAUAAGCGCGGUGUUGAAGAAACUGCAGCCGAAUGCCGGAAACUGGGGGCCAUUGUGCACGUGUUUGUGGUGGACUGCAGCAACCGGAUGGAGAUUUACAACUCUGUGGAUCAGGUAAAGAAAGAAGUGGGUGAUGUAGAAAUCGUGGUAAACAAUGCCGGGGCAAUAUAUCCAGCUGACCUUCUUAGCACCAAGGAUGAGGAGAUCACCAAAACCUUUGAGGUCAACAUCCUAGGACAUUUUUGGAUCAUAAAAGCACUUCUGCCAUCGAUGCUAAGAAGAAACUCUGGCCACAUUGUCACAGUGGCUUCAGUAUGCGGCCACGGAGUGAUUCCUUAUCUCAUCCCAUAUUGCUCAAGCAAGUUUGCUGCUGUUGGCUUCCACAGAGCGCUGACUGCAGAACUCGAAACCUUGGGGAAAACUGGUAUCAAAACUUCCUGUCUGUGCCCUGUGUUCGUAAAUACUGGCUUCACCAAAAACCCAAGCACAAGGUUGUGGCCUAUUUUAGAGACAGGUGAAGUUGCAAGAAGCCUGAUAGAGGGGAUACUUACCAACAAGAAAAUGAUCUUCGUCCCCUCCUAUAUCAAUGUUUCUCUAGUACUGGAGAAGUUUCUUCCUGAACGUGCCUUAAAAGCUAUAAGUCGUAUACAGAAUAUUCAAUUUGAAGCAAUUGUGGGCCACAAAAUCAAAAUGAAGUGAC